AUGACCGAGUUUGCCUCUUCCUUCGGCCUCUCCCCUCUCGCUUGGCAAUGGGACCCUAUCACGGGUGUAAAUGAAUUCAUCUCGAGAAUAUCCUUUUUGAGCAUCGUCCGUUGCCUGUUUGACCCACCGCUGGUGAAGUACUCCAGAGAGCCCGAGAAUCCCAUUGUUGCUUGCAAGGCUAGGGGCUCUGAUCUCAGGGUUCACUUCAAGGUAACACGAGAGACGGCCUUUGCAAUCAGAAAGCUGCCUUCGGCCAAAGCGAAGAGGUACCUAGAGGAUGUGCUGGUGCACAAACAAGCGAUACCAUUCCGACAAUUUUGCCGUAGUGUCGGAAGGACUGCUCAGGCAAAAAACAGGCACUCUAAUGGACAAGGACGGUGGCCAGUGAAAUUGGCUAGAUUCAUUCUCGAUUUGUUGAAGAAUGCUGAGAGUAACGCUGAAGUGAAGGGUUUGGACGUAGAUGCGCUCUACAUGUCUCAUAUCCAGGUGAAACAGGCUCAGAAGCAGAGGCGCCGCACCUACAGGGCUCACGGAAGAAUCAACCCGUAUAUGUCAUCUCCUUGCCACAUCGAGUUGAUUUUGUCAGAAAAGGAAGAACCCAUGAGGAAAGAGCCGGAGACUCAGUUGCCAACCAGCAAAUCUAAGAAGUCGCAAGCUUAA